AUGUUAUUAGCAGCAGAUCCACACGAGUCAAUAGACAUUGACAAGUUGGUAGGUUUUUUCUAUUUUUAAAAAUAAGUUCUUAAUUCCCACCUAAAUAUCAGUGAUAAGACUACGGUAUCGUAAUAAGACUACAAAAAUUUUGUAGCCUUUCCAAAUCUACAGUAAUAUUUUCGUUUGUAGGUUGGUUGGCUUUUGGCACAAAUUGAAGAGACAACGGGUACACCAGAUAGUUUUUUCAUUGUCGAUGUUAAUGAUUAUGAGGUUUUUCUUCAAGAACAUAUGACGAAUGGUAAGGAGCAUUGCCACGUGGAUUUUUGAAAUCUACGUAAAAUUUCGACCGAGAAACAUAUAAAAAAUCACUUAGCCACGUGGAUUUUCCUAUUGAAAUUCCAUUGCCGGCGGGAGGAACCGAACCCGCGACUCUUUACUCGAAGAAAAUCUGGCUCAGCCGGUUAGAGAACAAUUUAUUGAUUGAAGGGUGAACAAUUUAUUGAUUGAAAGGUGUUCGAUCCCGCUAGUGAACACUUUUCCGAUUUUUUUUCCGAUACCUUUCCGGGCUAAAAUUCCACCAGGAAUUUGAAAAUCCACAAGACAAACGAUGAAUUUUUGCAGCCUAUCACUAUGAUCGGAUAAUGUUGGCUCGGCUAUGCUACGAGACACCAGUUUUAGCGAGAGCUCGGGUCGAAAAUCACAUGUUGGUGAUUUAUGGACGGGAAAGUGAACGGGUUUCAAAUGUGUUGUUUCAAAGAGGUUUCAAGACAGUUCAUUUGAGAGGAAGUUAGUGUUUGCUCAUUUUAUCUACAAAAAAAAAACAAAGAAAAAUAUAAUUUCAUUCUUCUGUUUUCAGACACUGCGCAAUUCAAAGAGCAAUAUCCUUGUCUUUUCGAACCAUCGAUUGAUUUUUUGAAACUUCGCGAGAUUUAUGAUCAGAAAAGAAAUCAUGUUUAUGGCGGAAGACUUUGGAGAAGUACAUCUGCGAGUCGAUUGAAAACAGUUAGCCGAAAUGAGAGAGCUGAGAAAUCGAAACGAAUGGUUUCAGCAAGUAUGAAGAUACAAAGGAAACCGUGGUUAUAAUGUUAAAUAGAAACAUUCAUAAGUUGAGAUAUGUUUUGUUUAUGGAAUGAAUUUGUUUGAUUUUUCAAUAUUUUUCUAAUUUUCAUUUUUUCGCCAAAUCAAGAGGCUACUGUAGCUUGAUUUUUAGACACGAAAAGUUUCAAUUUCAAAAUUUACCAUGUCGCAUUUUCAGCGUGAAAUCGUGAUCUACAAAUUAUGUUUGUGUCAAUGUUUGUGUCUUCGUCCCUUAUAAUAUGAGCUAUGCUGGUCAACAACAUCUUGCCUUUUACAAACUCUCUAUUUCUUCAAAAUAAAAAAGUUGGCGCAGUUCCAAAAACAUGAAACAUAUGUACGUGAUGUCCAGGUGUUAGUCAAAAAUAUUGUUCAAAACAAGUGUUUCUUGUGCAUAGGGGCGUACUUCAUUUUCUUAUAAAGACCCUAACAUGUGGUCAUGCACAGUUUUUAUUCUCAUUUUUUUGGAUUUUCGAAACAAAAACAUGACUAAUCGUUAUCUAUCAUCGAUUUUUUGUCUCAAAAACUAUGACAAAAAUAAUAGUUUCUUUUUAUUUGAAAAAAAAAUUAUAUUUUUGUCUGUGUUUCUUUUGAUAUGAGCAAUUUUAGAUAAAUCAUGUUUUCUUUAUUUUCUUUUAUUUUUAGUUUCUGUUCCUCAAUUCAAGAAAAUUUUCAAUUAAAUCGAGCCUAAAAUUGGAUCUAAAUUAAUCCCCCGAAAUAUUUCCAAAUGAUUUUUUUCAGGACCAAAAAUGAAUCCUGGAAUUUUGAAAUCAAUCAAUGGAAUGAGAGCUGUGGUAUGUUAUUUUUUAAUUUUUUAAAUUCAAAAAAUUGAAUUUUCAGACUCGUUCAGAUGUUGUUCUGAAAAUGGAAGUUGAUCUUUCGAUGCCAAAAAUGCGAUCGGAAAUAAUCAGAUUCGAGGAUACGAAUUGGUGAGUUAGAUAUUAGGAAUUUUAUCAUAUAACAUGAGCAAUGCUUUUUUUUGCAGGCAAAUGGAAUUGGUCUACACCGGUCCAGAAAACAACCUUGCCUUGAUAAUCAUUUGUGAAAAUUAUGAUUUUUCGAAAUCUUACAACGCUUUGGUUUGCCUCAAAAUCAAUUUUGCUCGUGGCAGACAAGUUUUUCGAAUUUUCGACAACGAAUUCACGGUCCAAGAGAACAACAUUUGUGUGCAAAACAUGCCAACAAUACAAACCCUCGGAGGCAAAAAUGCUCGAUUUGAUAUCCACCUGUCAUUAGGUUUGAAGAAAAUCUUGAAUCAGAAAAAAGAAAUCGCGGUGCCAAUGAUCGAUUUUGAAAAUGAAAAUGGUUCGAAUUUUUGGGACGUUGUUCUCAAAUUUCCAAAUGAUCGAAAAUUGUAUGCAAACCGGGCUUAUUUGUCGUUUCAUUCGACAUAUUUUCAAGUUAUGUUCAAUUCGGAUUUCAUGGAGAGAGAUGCGCGGGAAAUUGAGUUUUUCGAGGAAUUCGAGGUGAGUCUAGGAAUAUAUUCGCGAUUUCUUUAUGUAUUGCUCAUGUUAACCAACAAAAAUAUGCCGAAUUCUUGAGCUAUUGCUCAUCCUAAUGUAAGAUUUUUGAUUUCAGGAAUUCCUUCCGGCUCUUCAAAUUAUUCACGGUGUUCCACUUGAAAUCAACCAAGAAAAUGUGGUAUUUUUGAUGACAAUAGCGGACAAAUACGAUUUUAAAAUUCUGAUGGAACAAUGUAGAGAGGCUGUUCAAAAAAUGGAAACAAUUCAAUUCGAUACAGCUCUGGUUUUGACUGAUCUUUAUGGGGUUGACGGAGUUAUUGUAAGUUAGUCAUGACGUGGCAAAGAAGAAUGAAAAGUUUUUAGAAUCGUCUCAUGGAAAAAUUUGAUUCUGUGGAAGAAAUUCGUGAUUUCCAAAACACGAGCAACUAUUCGAAUUUGAAAGAGCAAACAAAAUUGCUGAUCCGUCACAGGAAAGUCGCACUUUCCAGAAUGGAAGAAGAAGAGGAAGAAGAAGAAGAGGAGCCGAAGCGAAAUGGAAUUUGGAAAAUAUGGGCUGAUAAACUUGACAAACACAUUUUGUCGAAAUUUUGA